UAUCUGAGUGUUCUACCCUUGCCACAGUUACUGCUAAAUUAUCUCCUGCUAGAAGAAUUUGAUUUUACUUCCUACGACCAGCUACGCUCACAGCCUAAAUAUAUGUCUGAAACGGGAACAACAUGAUUCAGAAUUGUAUAAUAGGAGAGCACUAUGAAAAAUUUUGUUUUAACAUUGAUUUAGAGAUGUUUUUAUUGUGGGUGGUGAUAAUCAAGAAGCAAAAGAAAAUUUACAACAAUCAUUGAUGUUAAUACGUGAUGAUUAUUUGAAGAAGAAAGAUGAUCCAUCAGAUGUUGAUUCACCAAAUACUCGUGUAAUGUUUAAUGUGGUUAAUGCUAUAAGAAUUAUUGAAACAACUUGUCGUUGGUUAUUUCCAUCAUGA